GCUUAUUUAUUCAAACUUGAACAUCAUUAAAUUGAAAAUAAAAUUUCAAUCCAAGCCAGAGAACAAGCUUCCUUUGACUAAGACCACUUCAAAAUAAAUAUUCAUAGAAAAGGCUGUAAUAGCUAUAUUAAAACUUAAUCCUUUAUAUAUUUAGCAGGGACUAAACCCUUAUAGCUCACAUCGUUCCUUUCAAUAUUAUUAAAUUGCUACUGUGUAGGCCAAGGGGGGGGGGGAAUUACACUACCUGGUCGCAUGAUCCACCCAUGUUUAACUCUUACAUGUCUCUUCAUUAAAUCUGACCACAGCCUUUCUUUACAACUCAGUGGAACCACUUGCAACAGUUUAUUCAACUGCUCCUGAUCAUUUAAGAGCUGCUUCAGAGAAGGAGCUGUGCUGUUAAAAGAGUUUAGAGCCUGUUUUUUGCUUGACCAGGAUCCUGUGAAAAUAUGGGGACAGUAGAGAAGGUGUUUUGCAGGUAAAAUGGAUUUAGCAGAAGUUUUUUCCCCUUUUUUCUUUUAUUUGAUUGUAGUCCUAUGCAUCUGUGUCUGAAUAUGCAUGUGAAGCUAUAUUUAUGUGUGUGUGUGCACACACAAACAUACAUUCUUUUUUCUCUCUUGUACAGAAUUUUGCUGCUUCUUUUACUACAGUGUGAAAUAGGUUGGAUGCAAGAAGCAGUAAAUUCUCCAGCUUUUAUAGAAAGUACUUGCCUCUCCAGCAUAUUUUGGGUGAAGCUAGACAAGUCCUUUCUUCAGAAGAAGUUUUUCAAGAUCGAAGUAAUUGACCUAUCCGGUGUUCCAUUUUUGGUGGACCAGAUGUUGGGAGCUCGCUGUGGCUAUACUCUGUCGAAGGAUGUAUGGGGAAAUCCCAUCUUCCGGGCUUCUUUCUUUGGCUGUCAUGUUAUAAAUGAGAAAGAUGAAAAGUUCUCUCUUACUGUAAACAUCAAAGUAUCGUCAUUUGAAGACCUGCGGGCAGCUACAGUUUACCAGCAUCCCAUGCACUGCUAUUUCUCAUGGGCUCCAAGGGAAAUUCUGUGUGAAGAGAAUUACAUGGAGGUGUCAGUGAAGACUGAUGUCCCGGGGAUUUCAGAUGCUGAAUGGAUGUCAGCACUACCAGAGGCACAAAAGGUUAUGUAUCAGAUGUGGAAUUUGAUGUUCUAUUCUUCAUCAGGGAUAAAAAAAACAGGAGUAAGAGAUGCUGACAAACUGGGCUACAGCUUCAAUAAUACACUGGCAAGAGUGUUCCUUCGCUCACCAUACUCUACAAAUGAAACUCAAAAUACAGUGGUUAAUGGGGUCACAAUGAGCACAAUCAGCUCCACGUCCAGGUAUAGGCAAAGAUGGUUUCUCCUGCUGAUUGACACAACUGUAUCAUGCCCAGUUGAUGGUACCAGCUUCACAGAUGCUUCUCUGAUAUGGACUAUACCAGUGAUUAACCCAAGACUGGUCCUUCACGAAUCCACUUUCAGAUCGCUUAAAGUAACAAUGGGAAUUAAUGGGGAAAAAAUAGAGAACCCUGAGGAGUUCAACUACACAUUGGAACAUAACAUUACACACAUUGGAGUAACUAUCCCAAUUGGAGCCCCUAGAGGCAGACUUCAGAGCACAGUAUCUAAUGGUGUCUAUGGAGUGACCUAUAGUAUUGAUCUAUUGAUGGAACAUUCUUGGACAGAUACAGAUUGGCAGCUCACCAAGUACCUUGUGAUUAAACCAAUUACUAUACCCUUCCUGCCUCGAAUACCAAUAGUAAUCAAUAAUACAGUUCCAGAAACACGGAUAUUUGAUGUAUUCUUGGGUGUCUUCCUUCCUGAUGUCAAUCUGGUGACUCUUACAAUUGGAGAUAUAACUUACUCUCUCAGGGAAGCGGAGGAAAAAGGCUACAGGAUCUCUGUUAUUUCCUUCCCCAAUGGAACAAGAGGUUUUGAACUGGAAGUGCCUUUUGAUGAUCCCAAUGUCCUAAAAGAAUAUAUGAACAUAAAUGAAACUCGAUAUCACCUCCGAGUAAUCUACACUCUGACCGUGGGUCCUGAAGAGAAGCUGUAUCGUCAUCCUGCAGACGUCGAAUGCAUAAUGGAAGAUGUCCAAUUACCAGAAGGCAUUGGAUACUGUGACAAAGAGAAUAUAUAUUUAUAUGUUACAACUGCAGGCCUAUUUCAUUACUGGAUUCUAUAUAUAGGCAAUACUCCUUUGAAUUAUAUCACUGCCCAAAGAAAUGGAUAUCUUAUCACUACAAAUGAUACUCAUCUACUAUUGCAAGUGCCUUUCUUUGCUCCUGGGAUAAUCUAUGAGGAAGUGUCCUUUGAGAGAAUCCGAACUAGAUUUGAUCUGGACCUGAAGAAAAUGGCCACUCUAGAGACUCUGAAGACCUUUUCUAUUAGGUGUAAUUUUCAGUCCUCAGAAUUCAUAGUGUGCUAUCCUAAUGGAACUGUAACUGUAUUGGCUCACAUGAAGACAGUUCCAUCCAUUGACAUGAGCAAAACAAGACUGAAGGAUAAGAUUUGUAAGCCUCUAGACUAUACAAAGAGCCAAGCUUUAUUUCAAUUUCAAGUUUCUACUUGUGGCACUUCCUUAAUGUUUAAUGAUGAACACCUUAUUUAUGAAAAUGAAAUAUCCUUUGAAAAAGAAACUCUUCUAAUACAGAAUCGACCAAUUAUCACAAGAGAUCCAGGAUACAGACUGACUAUCUUGUGCUAUUAUCCAAUCAAAGAGACCUUGAUGCAAAAUGCUGUGUUCUAUGGUUCCUCAUCUAGAACUUUACCUUUUGGUUUUGGCACAAUGAUGUCUUGGCCUAAUAGUGAAGGCCUUAUAAGGACAAGACAAGUUCUAAAUAUCCAGGCAAAUAUAUUCAAAGAUGAAUCAUUCACAGAAGCCUAUAUGUCUCAUUCAUUAGUUUUCAAGGGUUCAUGGGAACCUCUAUUUUUUGAAGUAGAAUUAAAAGAUGAAGCCCCUAAUGUUGAGCUAUUUUUGGAAAACUGCUGGAUGACACAAUCUGAAGAAAUCAACAGCAUUCCUCACUGGAACUUUAUUGUAGAUGGAUGUGAAAAUAAAAGCUAUGGAUCUGUGAUCUUCUCUCCAGUAACCACAAGCAAUCCAAUAAAAUAUCCUAAUCACUUCAAAAGAAUGAGGAUACAGAAUCUGACUCUUCCUCUGACAGAGGUAUAUUUGCACUGCACAGCAACAAUUGGCACUUGCCUCCGUGUGCCUAGAAGCGGACUUCCCUGUAAACCAUGCUCUCCUGGAACAAUGAUUGAUCAGUAUUCUGAAAUUUACCCUAACCAUCAUGGUUAUGUAGUAACUGGACCAGUCUUUAUCCUUCAACCUGAGCAAUUUAAAGAGCUGAACAUCACAAGAAAUAAGGUAUAACCAUGCAGUUACCAUGGCCAGCUUUACUUGGGAUUGUUAAAAUAUGUUUCAUACUAACUUCCUAAUAAUAAAAGCUUCAUGAAUUAAAAACAGAAGAUACAAAUUUUUGAAUCGGUCAUAUUUGAGAUUUAAAAUUUGCUACUACAAGGUUAUUCAAGAAUACAUUUCUUUUAAAAAAGUAUAAUUUUUCAUUGAAAUAUUGGGAUUACACAAAUAAAAAUAUUUAAUUACACUAGAUAUAACACCUCACAUUUAGAGUUGGGUGUGCACAUAUUACAUAAUCCAUCAUCUUUCAACCUAAUUUCAGUAAUGAAAAUACAAUGAGAACACCAGUCGGUAAUAUUGUGAGAGCAGAAAUAACCAAAGCUUGAUAUAUUGCAUAACAAAUCUAAUUGCUUAUUAAAAUAAUACUG